CGUGUAAAGAUAACAGCAUCUCUCAAGACGCAGACAGAAGCGUCCCAAAUCCACGUUUCUGGUCAUACUCAGCAUUAGACAAAUAGGACAUUGAUCAAGGGAUGAGUUGAGUAUGAAUUGCUUUGACAUUUAAUUGGAUUUCUAAAGUUUCGCUUAAGAUUGUUUUUAAUGUGACAGUAGUAACCUUAACUUCACAUCUGACGUUUUGCGUCCUGAUCAACGACUACAAACCCGUGCACAGGUGAGAUUGCCUGGGAAUAAAUGUGUUUUGCAAAGUCAUUAGACUGUCAGUUUUUGUAAAAUUGAAGACAUGGCAUUUCGAACGCAGUAGCAUCACUCAGACACUAAGACUUUCAGGUUCGGUUCGCUGGUCAAGAACGCCGGUCAAAAACCUACACCUCUGGAAUUGAGCUUUAGAAGAAAACUGAACUGGUAGUGCGCAUUGGACAACACUAUCCAAUAAUUUAAGGGCUGGAGAGUUAACAAAAUAAAUCUCGGGAAUAAUCAAUUAGCCCGUACAUCCAGCAACGUCUUUUGGAAUGCAAAAACUACGUGGACUCUUUUGGAUUACCCUACCCUGUGCAUCAAUCUUCGUGACAUGUGUACACUUCUCCGUCGCGCAGAGGUAGAUUUUUACCAUGCUAAACUUGUGAAAUAACCCUCUAACUUUGGUCUUUAUAUUUAAUAACCACAAUUCCUCUGCAGCGUGCUUAGGAUUUUCAGACUCAAAAAAAGAAAAUGAGAACAUAUAACCUCACAUUGGCUUGUAUAAUUGCUUGCAUACUUUCAAUCCGUUGUACCUUGGGGACAACUGGAACGGACACUACGGGUGCAGAGACUCAAUCCCUAGCGCAGGAGUCGUGCGCGUCGUGCGGGAUGCCGGAGGCUUCAGAACGGGUGGACAUAGAUCUUUUAGAAGCGGUCAAGAGGCACAUAUUGGACAGGUUACAAAUGAGAGAAAGACCCAACAUCACUCAUCCUAUCCCAAAGGCGGCAAUGGUGACAGCACUGAGGCGGCUUCACGCGGGUAAAGUACGGGAAGACGGGAGGUUUGAGAUCCCCAAUCUGGAUGGCCAGGCUGCCUAUAGUAACGAAGUGCAACAAGAGACGUCAGAGAUAAUCAGCUUCGCUGAAUCAGAUGCGCCGGCUUCAUCUCAAGCCUCUAAGUCCAGCCUCUACUUCCUCAUCUCUAAUGAAGGAAGCCCGAACCUGUAUGUUUCCCAGGCGAACCUGUGGCUCUACUUCAGGCUGCUGCCUUCCGGCCAGGAGAAAGGCUCUCGGCGGAAAGUCACAGUGAAGAUUCAUUACCAGGAAGCAGGAAGCGGUGGCGCAGCUGGAGCCGGGGGAGGAACCGGGCCGGGGGGUCGGUGGGCUCUGGUGGAGAAGCGCGUGGACCUAAAGCGCAGCGGCUGGCACACCUUCCCCCUGUCGGAGGCCGUGAGGGCCGUGUUCGAUACAGGAAGCCGGCGCCAGGACCUGGAGGUCCGCUGUGAUGGCUGCGAGGCUUCCAACGUGGUCCCUGUCUUGGUGGACCCCGGCGACCCGUCGCACAGGCCUUUUCUGGUGGUCCGGGCAAGGCAGGUUGAAGGGAAGCACCGCAUCCGGAAGAGGGGGCUGGAGUGCGACGGUAGAAGCGGAGGCCUGUGCUGCCGACAGCAAUUCUACAUCGACUUCCGCCUCAUCGGCUGGAACGACUGGAUCAUUGCACCCGCGGGUUACUACGGUAACUAUUGCGAGGGGAGCUGCCCGGCGUACAUGGCCGGGGUACCGGGGUCGGCGUCGUCGUUCCACACAGCGGUGGUCAACCAGUACCGGAUGAGGGGCAUGAGCCCCGGCUCGGUCAGUUCCUGUUGCAUCCCGACCAAGCUCAGCACCAUGUCCAUGCUGUACUUCGAUGACGAGUAUAACAUUGUAAAACGAGACGUGCCCAAUAUGAUAGUGGAGGAGUGUGGCUGUGCCUGAGCCAGGCUGAGAUGGUUUGAACCUGAAAGUUGAAAUCAAAAGACGCUAGUCGCACUGUACGAAAUGACUUUUUUUUGUACUAACUACACGUGUAUACGCAUACCAUUAUGUGGAAGCACGCCGGCAAGUACACACAAACAAACAUGUAUUAAAAGGUUGUUGUAAUCAUCUGGCAGAGUGAGAUCAAUUUCUGUCCGUUCCAUAUAUUAUGUGUUGGGGUAGAGAAGGGAAUGGUUGAUCACCAAAUGAUCAUCUUUUUCUAGUUUGUCAUUUCUAGAUGAAAAUGAAUAGCACUUCAUCACUUCUCUGUCGAAGAUAGAAAGAAAAGCGCUUAAGAUAUUUCACAGGUCCAGGAUUAAACGACAAACUUUCCCCCUCUUGAACUUCGGCACACAGCAACAUCGACAAAACAUUAGCACUGACGGGGACAAUUACCUGGCUUAUACAAUUCAGAAACAUUAGCACUUCCAUUAAGGCUAUCGCAGAGACACUGAGACUGACUUAUCUGACCCUGUGGAAUUAUGAAAAGGAACUAUCAGCAAGACGCUUAUCAAAUACAGUCUUUCCUGGACUACACUCCUGUCCAAUUGAGGUGAUACAAAGUUCUUGACAUUGACAAGUCAACAUCGGUCCACGUUCUCUCUUCCUACCUGCGACCAUUCUGUCCGGCACUGGGCUGCUGUGGGUGACCACUCACUGAGUUCAAAGGUGAAGAUGGACCCUAGUGCUCACUGCACUAGAGAAUCCAGAGAAUGCAGUCUGCGCUGCCCCUAUUUGUUUUCCGAUGGACCUAUAACGUGGACAAGGAGGAGUUUGUUUUUAGCGUCCAACUGACAGAAUGGUGCAGAGGAGCACUUGUGGACUCUUUAAAGGCACACUGACACUCCUAAUAGCACUUGCAUAAUUAAAUGCCUUCAAAGGGGUACUGAGUUUCCUGCCGUAAAGUGGCACAUGAUCUAUGCAAUGUACUGUAUAUUAACCCAGCCACGCCCACCUACACAACUUCACCCGACUGAACCGAGCACUCUAUUCCUACUCUUCUCCUGUUCUUGUAACUCCUCUUAUCAAAUACUUGAAAUCUGAUCUUUCGCUUCCGUUUUCCCAAAGCGAACGAUUGUUAUGACAUUUGCACUGAAAAGUUGCAGGAUUAGUUAAUAAACAAACUGCCAUUGUUAUUUUUAUAGAAAUAAAUUGCUUUUUUGUUUGUUUAAAAAAGGUAUUUUACCUAAUAAUGGAACCAAAGAGGCCAGGAUGAUUUUAGCAUAUUAUUAAAAGAUGGCAAGGUCAUUGCAUUACUUUCUGUAUAAUACUGUUGAUCAUAAGAGGCCUAAUCUAAGUAUCAGGGUACAAUGAUGAUUCCAUUUCUUAGUAAUAUUAUUUCCUGUCUAUCUAUUUUGUACAAUAAACAUGUGGAACAUUUCAUUUUUCACAAUUCAUUCUUUUUUUUGGUUUGUUUUCUAUUUAAUAAAAAUAUAUUUUUAGU